AAUUUUUUUCGAACUUUUUUUAAAAUUUUUUCGUUUUUCAAUCUUCUUCAACCAUGUCUUUCAAAUUUGGAAGAGUAUCGUCUCAUCAUCUAUACUCAAUUUUUCUGAUAUAUUCUAUUAUUAUCGAAGCAUCUACAUUAGGACCAUCAGAUUUACCGGCACAUCCUAGUGGUGAGCCAAUAAUACAACAGCCACAACAACCACUACGGUAUGAAGCACCGGACGACUGUCAAUGGUGGAUACGUGAACCUGUGGUAUCUGGUGCGGCCGAUGAGGUUGCACUCACAUGUAAAUUACGUACAAUAAAUAGUGAAUUUGAUACAACUAAUUUUAGUGUAAUACCAUCAGAGCAUACAACUUCACUGCGAAUUGAAUGUAAUGAUCAAAUAAUGUCACGUAGUUCAUUAGAUGAAAAAAGUUUUAUACAUUUAACACGCUUACGUGAAUUAAUCUUAGAUCAUUGCAAAUUGGGUCGAUGGCCAUCUGGUACACUAAUGGGCUUACGUGAUCUAAGAAAUUUAACUGUACGUACACGAAACACAGAUUGGCCAGCGAUGAGUUUGGAUUUAGCACCUGAUAGUUUUUAUCCAGUCCGACAACUUGAACGAUUAGAUUUAAGUUUGAACAAUAUAUGGACAUUCCCAGAGAAUUUAUUCUGUCCACUAAUUAACAUGAUGUAUUUAAAUGUUAGCCAAAAUCGUUUGCAAGAUAUCACCGAUUUGGGAUUCCGCGAACGAAUUACAACAGUGCCACAACCUUUAAUAAGCACCCAAGAUGAAAUCAACCAUCCAGAGUCUUCUUCAACAGCGGCAUCAGUGUCAUCAUGUAGCUUAGAUAUCCAAAUAUUAGACAUUUCAUAUAAUAAUUUUGUGUUAAUGCCAUCGAAUGGUUUAAGUGCGUUACGUCGCUUACGUGAGUUCUACAUCCAUGAUAACGAGAUAUCAAUGAUUGCUGAUCGUGCGUUGGUUGGCUUAAAAUCAUUACAAAUCAUUGACUUAUCAAAUAAUAAACUUGUUUCGUUACCGCCAGAGCUGUUUAAAGACUGCACAACUGUAAUAAAAGAAAUUUAUUUGCAAAAUAAUACAAUAAGUGCAUUGGCACCGGGAUUGUUUUCUAAUUUAGAUCAAUUGUUAGCAUUAGAUCUAUCACAAAAUCUAUUGACAAGUGUGUGGAUUAACAGUGAUACAUUCGCCGGAUUAAUUCGACUAGUUUUAUUAAAUUUAUCACACAAUAAAAUUACCAAAAUUGAUCCAAAUAUAUUCAAAGAUUUGUACACGCUACAAAUAUUAAAUUUGGAGCAUAAUCAAUUAGAAACUAUUCCAGCGGAUACAUUUGCUCCAAUGAAUAAUCUACAUACAUUAAUUUUAUCUUUCAAUAAGAUCAAAUAUUUGGAUGCAUACUCGCUAAAUGGGUUGUAUGUAUUAUCACUACUAUCGUUGGACAACAAUCACUUGGAAGGAAUUCAUCCAGAAGCAUUCCGAAAUUGUAGCAGCUUACAAGAUUUGAAUUUAAAUGGAAAUCAUUUAACAGAGAUUCCACUUGCACUAAAAAAUAUGCAUUUAUUGCGUACCGUUGAUUUGGGAGAGAAUGCCAUUCAAUCUUUGGAUACUCCCGGGUUACAUGGUAUGACCAAUUUAUAUGGAUUACGUUUAAUUGGAAAUCAAUUGGUAAAUAUUAGUAAAGCUGCUUUCGCUGAUUUACCAUCUUUGCAAAUAUUAAAUUUGGCUCGAAAUAAAGUUGAAAGAAUUGAACGAGGAACAUUUGAAAUUUUAACGAAUUUACAAGCCAUUCGUUUAGAUGCAAAUCAAAUUACUGAUAUAAAUGGAUUAUUUAAUGACAUUACGUCACUAUUAUGGUUAAAUAUAUCCGAUAAUCAAAUUAAAUGGUUCGAUUAUGCUUUAAUGCCGCAUAAUUUACAAUGGUUAGAUUUGCAUAAAAAUCAAAUUACUGAACUAAGUAACAAUUAUCAAUUAGACACCGAAUUACGUAUACAAACAUUAGAUGCAAGUUUUAAUAAAUUAACAACAAUUAAUGCAAAUGCAAUACCAAAUAGUGUUGAAUUAUUGUUUUUGAAUGAUAAUUUAAUUACAACAAUAGAACCACAUACAUUUUUGAAAAAAAUCAAUUUAACAAGAUGUGAUAUCUAUGCAAAUCAAAUACAAAGUAUGGAUUUAAAUGCGUUACGUUUAACACCCGUCAAUCCAGAUCGUCCUUUACCAGAAUUCUACAUCGGUGGUAAUCCUUAUCAAUGUGAUUGUACUAUGGAAUGGUUACAACGUAUCAAUAAAUUAGAUCAUUUACGUCAGCAUCCACAUGUUAUGGACUUAGAAAGUAUUUAUUGUAAAUUAUUAUACAAUCGUGAACGUACGUACAUUUCAUUGGUCGAUGCAGAAUCAUCACAAUUUGUUUGCACGUAUAAAACACAUUGUUUUGCACUUUGUCAUUGUUGUGAUUUUGAUGCGUGUGAUUGCGAAAUGACAUGUCCACAAAAUUGUACGUGUUAUCAUGAUCAAUCAUGGUCGGCAAAUGUGGUGGAAUGCUCAAAUAUGGGUUAUACAAAAAUGCCAAGUCGCAUACCUAUGGAUGCCACCGAAGUAUAUUUAGAUGGAAAUAAUUUUGGCGAAUUAUCAUCCCAUUCGUUUAUUGGCCGUAAAAAUUUAAAAAUUUUAUAUGCAAAUAAUUCACAAAUUAUGGCUGUUUAUAAUCAUACGUUUAGUGGUUUACGACGUUUAUUAAUAUUACAUUUAGAAAAUAAUCAUAUUAAAGAAUUCUUCGGGUUUGAAUUAGCAACCUUGGAGAAUUUACGUGAAUUAUACUUGCAAUAUAAUGAAAUUUAUUUCAUUGAUAAUCGUACUUUUGUUGGGUUAAAACAUUUGGAAGUGCUUCGAUUAGACGGAAAUCGUUUGACUUCGUUCGCAGUAUGGCAGUUUCAAUUAAAUCCAUAUUUAGUGGAAAUUGGAUUAAAUCAAAAUCCUUGGACUUGUGAUUGCCAUUAUUUACGUAAAUACCGUGCAUGGUUGCAAAUCAAUUUAAGUAAAGUUGUGGACGCUUCAAGUAUUUAUUGUUUGUUUAAUAAUUUGACAAAAAACGCACCACGCGGUCCGUUGAUAACGGACUUUAAUUCAACGGAUUGUACAAUGUAUACAAGUUCCACAGCUUUAGCUGAAAGUCAAACAAUUAAUGAUUAUAUUCCAUUGUUAAUGGUAACAAUUGCAGCAUUCUUUGCAUCAAUUGGUAUUGUGUUUGGUGCAUUUUAUUAUCGACGUGAAUUACGUGUUUGGAUUUAUUCACGAUGUGGACUUAGAAUGUGUUAUAAAACAACAGCAUUUGAAGAGCAACAAGAUAAAGAUCGUUUAUUUGAUGCAUACAUUAGUUAUAGUGUUAAGGACGAGGCAUUUGUUAGUCAAGUGUUAGCACCAGGACUUGAAGCCGGUGAACCGGGCUAUCGAUUAUGUUUACAUUAUCGUGAUUUUAAUGUAUCCGCUUACGUCGCAGAUACAAUUAUUGAAGCUGUUGAGUCAUCACGACGAACAAUUGUUGUACUCUCUAAAAACUUUUUACAUAAUGAAUGGUGUCGUUUUGAAUUUAAAUCGGCUUUACAUGAAGUGUUAAAAGAUCGUCGCAGACGUUUAAUUAUAAUAUUAACCGGUGAAAUACCCCAACGUGAUUUAGAUCCAGACUUACGUUUAUAUUUAAAAACUAAUACAGUUAUUGAAUGGGGUGAUCGACAGUUUUGGCAAAAAUUACGUUUUGCAAUGCCUGAUGUAAAGAGACCAUGCUUACAUCAGCGUUCCUCUGUAAAUAUUUAUGCAUCCGCCACACCGACACAUUUAGAUCAUAAUAGUCAUCAUAAUCAUCAUUUACAUCAACAUCGAUCAAGGAGUCCUGGUAUUCCGCCACCUCCACCACCGGGGAAAAUGCCCCCUCAUCCUCCGCAUCAUUCAUUUUUACAACCUCCAAGAGAGUCACGUCCAUUACCAAUGCCACAACCGCUUUGGGCGUAGCGGAUAUUAUUUUACAGGUGAGCCUAAAAAAUGAUUAUUAGAGAAGUCAAAAUUGUGUGCUUUUUAGUGUUUUUGAUAUUUGAACAAA